UUCUUUGCGUACCACGCAGUGGGAUCGUGGGCCUUCGCGUUACCUUGUCUUCAUCGAUUCGGCCCCGGGGUGGGGAUCCCCAGAGAAUGUGGCGCUGCCUGAGCUAAGCUUAAAGCACGCGUAGGAGUUAUACAAAGACCGGGGACUGUAGGGGAAAGAAGGAUAUUUGGGAAGGGGCAAGCUGCCAGGGAGGGUGGAGAGCUCACGGCGUUCCAGGAAGUGAAAGAAGCCGGGACGGAGACAGGAGAUGAGGCUGCGGAGGGUGAGAGCGACCGGCUAGCAGGAACACUUGUGAAACAAUCCGUGCGCGUGAUAAUAAGGAUUUGAAUUAAGCCUCCGGCAGGGACAGAUUUCAAUCAUGAGGAAGCCACGAGCAGCUGUGGGAAGUCGAAGUCGUUGCAGGAAGCAGGCAUCCAGCCAGGAGGGAAGGGAGAAACGUGCCCUCAGCAGCAGCCAGGCCAAGCCCUCUGCACCUGACGGCCUGGCCAGGCAGCAGGAGGAGGUGAGAUUGCAGGCCCCUGUCUCCCCGUACCAUCUAUUCAGAGACACAGCUGAGGUCACAGUCUUCCGGAAGAGCCUGCUGAGCUGGUAUGACCGAGAGAAGCGGGACCUACCCUGGAGAAAGUGGGUGGAGGGUGAGGUGGACCUGGACAGGCGGGCAUACGCUGUGUGGGUCUCAGAGGUCAUGCUGCAGCAGACCCAGGUUGCCACGGUGAUCAACUAUUAUACCCGAUGGAUGCAGAAGUGGCCAACGCUGCAGGACCUGGCCAGUGCUUCCCUGGAGGAGGUAAACCAGCUCUGGGCUGGCCUGGGCUAUUACUCUCGAGGCCGGCGGCUACAGGAAGGAGCCCGGAAGGUGGUAGAGGAGCUAGGGGGCCACAUGCCACGUACAGCAGAGACCCUGCAGCGGCUCCUGCCUGGUGUGGGGCGGUACACAGCCGGAGCCAUUGCUUCCAUUGCCUUUGGCCAGGCAACCGGUGUGGUGGAUGGGAACGUAGUACGGGUGCUAUGCCGUGUCCGAGCCAUUGGUGCUGAUCCCAGCAGCACCCUUGUUUCCCAGCAGCUCUGGAGCCUAGCCCAGCAGCUGGUGGAGCCAGCCCGGCCAGGGGACUUUAAUCAAGCAGCCAUGGAGCUGGGGGCCACAGUGUGCACCCCACAGCGCCCGCUCUGCAGCCAGUGCCCUGUGCAGAGCCUGUGCCGGGCACGCCAGAGGGUGGAGCGGGAGCAGCUCUCAGCCUCACGGAGCCUGCCAGGCAGUCGUGACGUGGAGGAGUGUGCUCCCAACACUGGACAGUGCCAGCUGUGUGCGCCUCCCACAGAGCCCUGGGACCAGACCCUGGGAGUGGCCAACUUUCCCAGAAAGGUCAGUCGCAGGCCCCCCAGGGAGGAGUGCUCUGCCACCUGUGUUCUGGAGCAGCCCAGGGCCCUUGGGGGUGCCCGAAUUCUGCUGGUGCAGAGGCCCAACUCAGGUCUGCUGGCAGGACUGUGGGAGUUCCCAUCUGUGACCGCAGAGCCCUCAGGGCAGCACCAGCGCAAGGCCCUGCUGCGGGAACUGCAGAGUUGGGUUGGGCCCCUCCCGGCCACCCGCCUUCGGCACCUGGGACAGGUCUGUUUCAGCCUCUUGGCGCUCCCCCCAGGUGGUCCACACCUUCUCUCACAUCAAGCUGACAUAUCAAGUAUACGGUCUGGCCCUGGAAGAACAGACCCCAGUGACCAUCGCACCACCUGGAGCUCGCUGGCUGACCCGGGAGGAGUUUCACACUGCUGCUGUCUCCACCGCCAUGAAAAAGGUGUUCCGCGUGUACGAGGGCCAACAGCCAGGGACCUGCAAGGGUUCCAAAAGAUCCCAGGUGUCCACCCUGUCCAGACGGAAAAAGCCCAGCGCAGGCCAGCAAGUCCUGGAUAGUUUCUUUCGGCCCCACAUCCCCUGCUGAUGCACCCAGCCUCAACAGUGCAACACAGUGAUGCCUCUGGAAGCCCCCACCCCCUGAGAAUCGUGUUUAAUAAAGUGCUGAUUUUUGUAGUCAUUCUGGAGACUUUCCACCUUCUCCUUAGCCCCCUCCCUCCUCACCUCUGAGGGACCCAGAAAGUGGUAAAGUCCUGCUUGGUCCUGACUUCCACUGCUGAGCUCCUAGCCAGCCCUGGGCAGAUGGAGGAGGGGAGUGUUCUGUCCUGAGUGAUGUGUCCUCCAGCCCCAGAAGAGAAGAAGGCAGCUGCAGGGAGCCCCUGCCAGUGGCUGACAUCCAGCGCUCUCAGUCCAUGUCUCUGGUCAGCUCUGCUUAGAGUUGUGUUAUCACCCUAGAGCAGGUGGUUGAGCUCAGCCCUGACUCAGCCCCUCCCACCUGCAGUGGCUGGUCCCUAGGGAGAGGGGAGUCACAGAGGAGGAUUUGUUUUGUCUUAGACUCCUACCUCAAAUAAUAAAUCAUUUAUUUAGGGAUACAUUACAUAUGCAGUGAAACAAUACAGAAAAGCAGAGGGUUUUAAUCAUAAUAUUGGGGGUGUGGUGGAGAGAAAUGGGGUCAGAGAAGGACACAAGGAGGGUUCAGAAAUACUGGUUAUGUUCUAUUUCCUAAUUGUGUAAUUC